GUAUGAGUCAUUGCUCCACAUCCUGCCCUGCUUCAGCAUUUCCUCAUUCAAGGCAGAAUCUCCUCGCAGCAGCAUGUUUGAAGUCUCAGCACAUUCAGACAGGAUACUGAGAGACUCCACAUAAAGACAGAAGAGCAGCUGGAGUGCCUGGUAAAGCUUGUGACAAGAAGGGAUUCCUAAGGGCUAGGAAACCAUGAAAAUGAAAUGGGAGGCUGCUCUCUGGAUGGUUGCCUGCUUACUGUUUGCGUCUCUACCCAGAGGUCGACCAGACACAACAUGCCAUGCAUCUGUUGGAGAAACUGUUGUUUUGCCUUGCACCACCAGUUCUCCUGGAAAGCUGACCCUCUCCAAUUCAAUGCUGUUCUGGCAGAUAGAGGCUGAUGAUCCUCAACACACCAUUGUAGUACACUUUGUUCGCAAUGGGCAGGACUCACCACAGUUCCAGAACGACAGUUAUCGUGGCAGAACUAGCCUUUUUUUUGACCAGAUGAAGCAUGGCAACUUUUCCUUAAAGCUCUCCAAUGUCAAAUUACUGGACACAGCUGUAUAUAGUUGCAUCUACAGACAGACUGGGGAUCAUUCUGACAAAACACAGAAAUCUAAUGUUAAACUCAUUGUAUCAGCUCCUUCUAGCACUGAGAAGGCUCCUUCCCCCUCUGGACACAGCCAGAUUUCCUCCAGAAGCCCCACUGAUGCACCACGUCUGGCAAUGCUUCCCCUCUCUUUCUACCUCCUGAUCCCACUGGGAGUUUGGCACUUGUAACUGGGGAAGCCAACCUUCUCUUUGGGAAGUUCUCCUCACCACAGGACCUCAUUGGGCAGAACAGCUGUGCAGACAGAACAGUGUGACAACUGUUCCAGAGCCAGGUGAAAGAAACACCUUAGCUGAAAACAGACCUAGCGCUACAUGUUUAUAUCCUGCAUUUUGAUGUUCCACAGAACCAAAGGCAGCAAAACUCGAAGGUGGCAAGCCUGGUUUUCAUUUGUUUCUCAGAGCCUGGUUUUAGUACUGCCAGUAUGAACACAUGGAUUUUGUGGUUUUGCUUUAAUGACAGCAUAAAAGACUCGUAAAACUACAAGGUCACGUCAUAAUCGACCCUAGUGAGAUCUUUUGCCUAAGAUCUUAUCUGCUGUCCUUCAAGAGAAUUGUAGCGAGGACAAAGGUAAUUACCCUCUGUGUCAGAUAAAAACUGGAAGUAGGAAGCUGCUCUCGUUUUGUGAAACGUAAGGACACAAACAUUGUGCAACUUGAGCAUGUGAAACUUUAGCUUCUAUUUUUACUCCUAAGCAUCACAGGCUAUCAGUAACAACUUUUCUUCCACAAGAAAUGUAGUAUUUCUUUAGCGGAAGGGUGAAGCUGGGUGAGAAUGAUGAUGAAAGUUCAUAAAACAUCAACAUAGAGGAAGUGAUAUGUUAUUACAAAAUCCACUUCUAAAUAAGCCAAAAGCAAAAAAGAUUUACUUCAGUAUUUCCUCUUUCUGUCAUGAAACCCAGCAAGGUAAAUGUGAUCACUGUGCAAAAGAUUGAUUCUUAAGCUAGAACUGUGUCAAAAGAAAUUGGUACUGUGAUAAUAUUACAUCUUUAAAAGCAGUACCUUUGAAGGAAAACUGGUCAGAAAAAUUGUAACUGAUACCUAUGUAAAUUAAAUGGAUUUACUUCUGGAAAUGUUUGAUUCAGGUAGCACAAAUGUGCUGUGUAAACCUAAGAUUGAAAGGAUCCUGAAUACCAACAGUAUAAAGAAAGUCCAGAAGUUCUGUUUCAGGCCACAGUUGCUGCAACCACCCUAUUGCAGAACUGGGAAGCAUCUGGAGAACUACCCACCCAGGCUGGUGAGCAGGGGUGACUGCAAGGCCCUCCUUCUGGCUGGGCCCUCAAGCUAAGGGAAAUGACUGACUCAUAAAGACGCACAUAAAGUUGCUUUGAUUUGGAACAGUUCCACCCUCUUUCCGACGGAAAGACAGGAUUGUUUUGUAAGAAAGGGAACAGAAUAGAGCUUUAAGUGGUAUCCACUAAGGUAAAGGAGAUGGUUGCCUCUGACUUUCUUAACAAAGUGCUCUUUCCUCACAGUGGGGGAGAGGAAUCUCAUGCACAGCCUGAGCUGCUGCUGCAGUGAUGCUCAGCUGGCAUUUAGGCUACUCUGUGUACACAGAAGCUUAGUGUAACAGUCAGGGUCCCACUUCAUAUAAAGAUUUUAAUAUAUGAAUUGUACAUACUGUGAUUGUCUUUUUGCAUCCUACCUUCCAAACGUUUGUCUCAGAUUCCAUGUAUUUUUCAAAACAAAAGUUGAUUUAAAAUUAAAGCUUAACAAACAAAACCCUGAAGAGAGCAAUCGUUUGGUCUGUAAGAGUUCUUAAUUUGUAUUCCAAUUGUUCCUACAGUUAACUAGGCUCCCCAUGCAAUCAGAAAAUCCAAAAGGUGGUAUCUGUACAAGUCUAUUAGUCCCAAACCUCUGAACUGCUUGCCUUUAUUUCAAGGCCUAUGACUCCUAAAAAUCUAACAGCCACUUAAGCAGCCCUCCACUUUUCAAAAGGUGUUGAGGCACAUGAACAACAUGAGCACCUCUGCUCACAAAUGCAAGCUGUGUGACUAUAAAGCUGCAUUUAUUGGGCAAGCUAAUGAAUAAAUAUCUUUAUGCAGGCAUGCAGGUCUAGGACAGAGCCUUAGUACUGCAGAGAGGGAGUCAUAUGUUUACAUACAGCUCAGUCAUAUGUUUAAGAGCAGGCACUGUGCUGACUGAUGUUAUGAGGAAUGCCCAAUUCCCUCAGUCAUCUGCCUCUUUCACCCUGAAAAGUGAUUCUCUCUGCCUGUUCAAACUGGCAUGAAUCACAAUAAGCACAUGAGCAGAUGAAGACAGGAGGAAUGAAGGGUGGGGGAAAAAAACCUGAAUGACCUCUAAAUGCUGUUUAUAACACUACUUUUUUAUUACUCUGAUUUGCAGCAGCACUUGGGAUGCUUAAACACCUCUGGUUUUAUAUUUCCCCAAAGCUAUAGUUAACUGCCAUUCUGAUUUCCUUGGGGACUGCAAGGAGAGGUUUGAAUGACUAGUAGACCUUGAUUUGUCCUUCCUUGCCUGCAUGACACAGCAAGUGUCUGUUGUGUUCACCCCAUGCACAGAACAUGAGCAGCACACAUUUCUUGUGAUUUCCAGAAUUUCAUCAUGAAUGAGAGGGACAGCUUUGAAAACUAAGGAGAACAAUAACAAUUCACACAUUUAAGAAGGAAGGAUCUCCACUUCUCUCACUUGUAGUAUCUUGGUAGCCCACAAAUACGUACUUCAUAUGGCAAGCGCAUAGGCUGAUAAUCUGAUACAUCAAAGAAAUUAUUAAGAGAUACUUGUACAUUAUUCUUGCAAAAGAAUGGCUGUAAAAGCAAGUUCAUUUUUUCUCAUGUUUGACAGUAACACUAAGAGACAAAAAAAUAUUCUAUGCUGGCAUCUUACCCAAAAUGUAACUCUAUUGUAGCCACAAACUGAAGGGUAAAAAUGAAAAGUGCAUCUCAAUCCUAACUCUCAUUUCUGUCUUUAGAAGAAAAAAAGUACUGCUGUCACCUUUGUGAACACUGCAACAACUGGCAGAGAAACAUUUUGGCACAUGAUUUUUGUGUGUGCACAUCAAAGAGGGCAAAAUGGGGAGGCAGAAACAAACUGACAGAUAACUUAUCGCACAAGUUAACGCUAUCACAGCACUAGAAAAGCAACACAAGCAGGAGGGGCGAUUCUUACCACUUCCUUUUAGUAGGACAAAGUUGUUACAUGCUUUCUGAAGAGAGAAACUGGCAGGAUCCAUAAACCAGAUACUGCAUGCCUCCUUGUGGAGGCUUGGGGAAUACACAUUCUUUCACUUCUUAUUUCUGUAAUAAGUGUUUAACAAAACAAAUUGAUCAUAAACUUCUAUCCAUGUGGCUGAAACUAGCAAACCCCUCAGCAGCUCCAAACAGUCCUAUGGAAGGAAAAGAAAAACCCAGCUUGGCAGACAAAUGUCUCUAUUAAUUGCUAAGAGUACAUGGAAUUUCCCUCCAAAUUUACAGUGGCUGUAAGCCAAGAUGACAAUCUUACAUCUUCCACCAAAGCUAAGCAAUUUUCUGUUACUUUAAAAAAUAAAAUGUAUGUAUCAAAGGUCAUUACUCAGCAUAUUACUGUGAAAUUAGAGAGAAUAAAACAAAAUGAAAGGCAAUACCAGUGCAUGAUUCUUUCUCCCUUAAAUAAAAACAUUAUCCCUGAAUGGUGGAAAAACAGAAGAGUAAAAAG